AUGAUUGGCUAUGGCCCAAACAGAGGUAUCGUGCCUAUAAUAUGUGAAGAGUUGUUUAAAAGAAUCGAUAAAAGUACGGAUCAGAAGAAGAAGUUCCAAGUUAAUUUGUCUAUGAUGGAAAUAUAUAAUGAACAAAUUCGUGAUCUCCUCACAAAAGAUAAGACACCGCAAACAAAUUUACAAAUACGUCAAUCACCAGUUCAAGGGUUCUAUGUCCAAGGUUUAACACAAAUACCUGUUGGAUCAUACAGUGAAAUUGAGCAGAGAAUGAACCAAGGCACAGCGCGUAGAACCGUAGCAGCAACAAACAUGAAUGAGACAAGCAGUAGAGCUCACACUUUAAUUACGAUAACCUUCGACCAAUUUACCGGUGCUGAUGAAGCCAACAUAUCACGGAAACGUUCAAUAAUAAAUUUAGUUGAUUUAGCAGGUUCUGAAAGAGCUGAAGCUACAGGAGCAACUGGUGAUCGUCUUAAAGAAGGUGCGAAAAUCAACCGUUCAUUGUCAGCAUUGGGAAAUGUGAUAUCUGCACUAGCGGAAAAUAAAAAAGUUAUCCCUUAUCGUGAUUCAAUACUUACAAAACUACUGCAAAACGCAUUGGGGGGUAAUAGGUGA